AUGGCGUGGGCCGUGUUCACGUUCACUAAAGACGGGCGCGCGCGGCUAGCCGGAGUACUGCGUGCACUUCUCAUCGCUCAACUCGUCUUAUCUCUUUGCAUGGCAAUAUUCUGCUACAACACCUCGCUCAGAGUCAUGCUGCUGUUGAAACAUAUACAUAAGGUGACGGUUCUCCUGCUCUAUGGAUUAAUACUAUUCCAAGCUUACGGCAUGAAGCUACACUAUACUGGUGGUCUACGUUUAAUCGCAUUACUGGUAAAGUUCCCAUACUGGACUCGCGCUAACUUUGUCAGCAGCGUGUGGCUGGUCACGGGGACCUUGGUCGCUGCUAACGGGAUGCUGGUGUACGCAGCGUGUAGAGGGACUUUGAAGGCACUAAUGAAAGAAUUGGCUUCGUCUUUACGAAUCGGCAUAUCACAGUAUUUGACAGAGCCGACGUGGAAAUCACUUUUGGACACGAUGCAGGUAGAACUAAGCUGUUGUGGCGCAGACUUGCCAUCAGAUUGGCACGAGAUACCUUGGAUCAAUAUGGAUUUUCUGAACGAGAGUUCUAACCUCGUCAUGAAACUGGCGGGUACCGAUGGUAAAGUUCUACCUCCCGUGUCACCGUACUCUUGCUGCACUCCUCGUGUAAUGGCGCCCUGCUACCACGAUCCAUUGCAACAGUCGGAGUGGCGCGAGGUGUGGUCGGAGGAGUCGCCGCUGCUGUCGGCGUCGCUGCACACGCGCGGCUGCGUGGAGGCCGUGCGCGCGCCGCUCACGCGCGCUCUGCUCGCGCUGCAGUGCUUCAACAUGCUCGUCUUCCUCUUCCAGGUGUUCACACCAUUCGCUCUUCUCACCUCUCGAUAUUAUUCCGACCUUUUAAUAUAUGUGAGAUCAUUUUCGGACUCGAAAGCUUUACCAAAGAUGCUCAUAGUGGUGCUGACGCAGCUGCUGCGCACGAGCGCGCGCGGCGCCGUGCUGCGCGGCGCGUGCGAGGGAGAGGGCCGCGCCGUGCUCUUCGGGGACCUGCCGCCCGACACCCACCUGGGCCUGGAACAGGUAGCUACAUCACGGCUAUCACAUUUUAACUGCUCAAUCAACAAUUUUUAA